UUCAGCACCUUGUUUAUAUGAGCUAAACCAUAAAUAUGUAUAUAAGCACAUGUUUAACAACAAGUGUUUAUACAUGACUAUGAUCUAAACACCAGCAGCUCCUGUCUGAACUACGUGACACACUGUUACACGUGACCAGAGCGUUGUUACAGACUCCACCUCUUUCUCGUGAACGCGCCUAAAGCCGAAUUAGAAAAUCCUGGGUUAACAAAGCUUUGUCGAUAUAUUUCCUGAACAAAGCGGCCACUCUUCCCUCGCGUUCAGCUCUGGACGGCUACCGCUGACGUGACGGGUGCCAUAUCCACCGGCCGCAUGGAUCCGGCUCGGUUCUGCUCCGAUUCACGGCAGCGGGCUACGAUUUGAUUAGUAAAUCUUGUAUUGAAUCAUCUCGGAUAACUGCGCGCGCGCGCUCCGCCAUCAAAGGGGAGACCAAUCGCUCGCCGCAACCCGGAUCAGAAUGAUGAGCACAGAUAGAGAUUUGCAGUUACUUAGAAAACAGGAGAGGGCGCAGUUCUUCAGCUCUAAAGAGCAGGACCUCGUUCUGAAGUUGUAUGAAGAGGAGAGAGAAAUCCUAACGUCUAAAUCCAACACCACCAGCGCCUCUAAACUGCGAGAGGAAGCCUGGCAGAGGAUCGCUGACAAAAUAAACGCGGUUUCUGACAGCGGCUACAAACGGACAUGGCAGCAAGUAAAAAUCAAGCACAAAAACAUAACCCAAACAGCAAAAAGGAAAAAGGUCGAGGUUUCGAGGACCGACGGGGGGUCGGCCACCCCGUCUCUAACCUCAGCAGAAGAUGAAGUGAUUCAUGGCAGGGAAAACACGCUGAAGAUGGAGGUCCUACCUGGCGGUAUUGGCCCCAUGACUGGAUCGGACAGCUCUCUUAUGAGUGUGUCUGGACAUCCAGUCCUUCUCCUGCCUGUGAUGAAGACUGAACCAGAGAGCCUGAGUGGUGAUGAGACGGACAUCAGUGACACUCACUAUGAAGGGGAAGUGCAGAACUGCAGUUUCCAGGAGGCGGGGAGUUCCGCUGAAGUUACAGCUGGUGUCAGAGGUGGAGAGAAGCAAACGGAUGACCUGAAAGCUCUUUACUGCGCGUACCUCAAAAAGGAGAUAGAGAACCGUGACCAGGAGAUGGCCUACAGAGCACUUAAAAUGAGGAAACUGGAAAAGGAAAUCCAGUUACUCGAUAAACAACUGAUGUGACUGAAAUCUGAGUUUUUACACCAUCGAACAACAGCGAUGAAUGAUCUCACCCAAUGUGUUGCUCGAUCAUCAUUCAUCCGAGCUGUGCAGACAUGUCUCAUAUAGUUCCACCAUUAGGUUACUUGUGGGACCUUUGCACUACUGCAACAUACGCGCUAACGUAUUUAUGCUGCUUAGGGAAGGGAGCAGCUGAAAUCUACCAUCUAAUGGUGCUUCAACACAAAUUCACUUGUGUUGGCUCAGUGGAUUUAAAAUUGAAGCGACUGAAGGAUUUUUUCUUCCAUUUUCAGCUUCACGUUUGAAGAAACUCAGUUGGAUCAGAACUAAAAUCCGUGAAUCCUUGUCUCUGUGCUCCACUCUCCGCAGCGUUUCAGGACAUUUCCAUUAGUUUUAUUUAAUUAUUUAUGCUGACAAAGAAUCGGUAGAGAUACAGCCCCACAGGCUCCAUUUUAGAAUAAGUAAGCCAGUAACUGACAGUGAUUGUAGGAACCAGCUUUGGAUGCAUUUGUACAAUUCUAGGAGGCAAUAAUUACUAGUUAUUUAUUUUUGACAUCUGUUAGUUUGGUCACUUGGGUUGUUUAGUUCUGAUCAUAAGUAAGCAACACUUGUUUAUUCAGACGCAGGACAGUUUUCCUGCUUGGCCAGUAAAAACUCCUCUUUGUUUAGUUUAAUGUAAUCACAUUACAAUGACACAGUUAGAUUCUCCAUAAACCUCUUCUUAGCAGUGCCUGUGGAGUGACAGUCCUGGGUGGACACCAACCAGAGAGUGUGUUUUAAACGUAGAGGAUCACACUCCUGAACCCCCUUGACAAAUGUGAAAAAGGUCAGUUAUAAGUGAAGAUUUGUGGAGGAUUUGGAGUCUCACCUCUGCUUUUUACAGUUGACGAUCCUCUUAGCUCCAUCAAACUAUGGCCUCCAGCUCCUACAUGGGUGGUUUACAAGAUGGAAGUGAAGUAGCUGGGAUGAGAAUACGCACCUCCAAAUCUGAGGCAACAGCUCUCAACUGGAAACUCCAGGAGGAGUUUUAAGUAUCCCAGGUUCUGGUUUAUGAGUGAGGGAAGGAGGGAGGUUGAAACGUGAACAGAGGCAUGGUGCCUGGGAAAGCCUUAAGGACCCCACGGGCUUCCUGGCAAGGGCUGCUGCCUCCAUGACCUUUAUCUUUGAUGAGCUGUAGAAGAUGUCGACUCUAUGAGGUUAAAAACACUGAUUCCACCAACAGCAGCAUGCACGUUUUUCUAUAAAUGCCCCAAGAAAAGGUUUCCAGAAGUACAACUCCCUAAAAAUAUAACAGGCUGCCCUAUACUGUGAAAACUUUGCAUUUUUAUUUAUUUAAGGAGGAUCAAAAAUAAUAAGCAAAAACACAUUUGAUUGCUUGUAUUAUUUAAAUUGUUUUUGUCACAUUUAAACCAAACAAACUGACUUUUAUUCUGAUGAGUUUAUAUGAGUUCAUGUGGAUGAAAGUGUUGUUCAGUGUAUAUUUUUAAUACUACAAUUUUUAUGGACUUUAUUGAAUACAGAAUAAACUAUUUUUAAAGGGCA